UACAUUUUUUAUACAUUUGCAAAUAUUUUUCAACUCUUUGUGUCGUAUUAUUGUGUAUUGUGUGUAGAUUUGAGGAAUUAAAAUAAAUAAAUGCUUUUUUAGAAUAAGGCCGUAACUAACAAAAAUGUGGAAAAAUUCAGGGGGUCUGAAUACUUUCCGAAUGCACUGUAUUGUCCAACGAAAUGCUUACUAGCAGGUUCCUUCUCGACAUUGCAACACCAAUAAUAAAAGUUAUGAAUACGAACACAGUGGAAGCUGUUGAGGGGAGGACGGAGCUAAUUGAAUUACAUCAAACACAUAUAAACUGUAUUUGAUGCCAUUACACUUAUACUGCUCCAGCCACUACCACAACCCUGUCCUCCCCAAUUUAGGUGCCAGCCACCUGUGGAACAAUGUAAAUGGUGGUAGAAUAGAAUAAGCAUUUUAGCAUAAGUACUUAAUACAUGUUGUAAUGAGGUCUGCCUGUUUCUUCUGUCACUGACAGCCCCCCAUAAGACGAGCUAUGUCUACCUGUCAUAUUGAAGCUGUCAAGAAGACCACCGCCAAACUCCCUAGUGAAAGCUAUAAGUGAAGCUUCUUAAAUUAGACAAGCUCAUGCUUUUCCAGACACUGGUAUUCAUGGAAGCUAAGGGCUCAAAUCAGAUUGUAGACAACUGUGAUUUCCCUCCUUGACACUUUUGAAAGGAUCCCAGACACCCUUCUGUAUCUAGGAGCAGUGGCUGCUCAGAGAGAGACAUGAUUUGAGAGGAUAAUCAAAAGGGAAGCCCGAGGUAGAGAGAGGUACAUUGGAUAUGCAGGAAGUGGGAGCGCAGUCCCGUGGUGAUUAGUUGGGGCAGUUCCAUGGCUAGAUUUAUGGCACGCAGUUGUUGAACGCCUGACAGACAUCGGAGGCAAGGGCUCCACCGCUGCUACCUCUUUUACUGCUGCUGCUGCUUCAGAGGAGCUCUGUUUGCUACCGGAGAGGAAGCUCUGUCUCAGCACACAAAGCAGAUGGUGAGGGAGCAGUAUGUCACCACCACCCAGGACAGCAGUGUCCCUGCCCCGGUCCCUGACUCCAUCUAUAAGAUCGGGAUCUACGGUUGGAGGAAGCGCUGCCUCUACCUGUUUGUUCUGCUGCUCAUCAUCAUCCUCACCGUGAACUUUGCCCUCACCAUAUGGAUCCUCCGGGUCAUGUGGUUAAACACAGAAGGGAUGGGACAUCUAAAAGUGACAGCGGAGGGAGUGAGGCUUGAGGACGGCAAGUCAGAGUUCCUCUUUCCUCUCUACGCCCAAGAGAUCCACUCCAGAGUGGACUCCUCUCUCCUGGUGCACUCCUCUGAAAACGUCACUCUCAAUGCCCGCGAUGAAAAUAAUGAUGUCACAGGAAGUCUCUCCGUAGGUCCAAAUGUGGCCCAGGGAAAUGCACCGAAUUUUGUCAUCAGCUCCAACACCAAGACGCUGUUUUCUGCAGAUGACAAAGAGGUGGUUGUUGGAACAGACAAACUUCGUGUUACAGGUCCAGAAGGUGCUCUGUUUGAACACUCUGUAGAGACGCCCCUGCUCAGAGCUGAGCCCUUCAAAGACUUGAGGCUGGAGUCUCCAACCCGCUCUCUCAGCAUGGAUGCACCAAAGGGAGUCUUUGUCAAAGCACUGGCCGGGAACAUCGAGGCGGCAUCUACCAUGGAUAUUCUAUUGCACUCCAGUGAAGGACUGGUGAUUCUGGAUGCCGAGACGGUGCGUCUGCCGAGUCUCCCCCUGGGACAUGGAGGGGUGUCUGGAAACGCUCAGGGACUCUACGAAGUGUGUGUCUGUCCUAGCGGAAAGCUGUUCCUGUCCAAGGCUGGGGUCACCUCCAUGUGCAGCGAAAGCCAAGAGUGCUAGCGAGUGUCUUUGCCAUCAGAUUAUACCAUAUUGAAUGAAAAUGCCUUUAAAUUGGGUACUCUGACACUUUCAUAUAAAGCAAAAAAAAACAAUCACAACUUUUCAAUUCUGAACAAAACUGCCAGUUGAACUGCAGACAUAUCCUCCUAAGUAAUUUAUCUAUGGUGCAUUUUAUUGAUGGAAGUUACAUUUGAGACUAUUUUACUAUGUAACUGAAACAGUGACAUGACAACUUUAUACCACAUUAAUAAGUGGCUUACUUCUGCAGUAUAGUUGUUGAUACCAUUUUAUGUUUACACUGAGUUGAGAUGAUUGUUUAUUUUAUAAUUAUGGUAUUAUGGCUGGGCAAUGAUGAGCUGAUUAACAGAUUAUAUCCUAUGCAAUGUGUUUUAUGUGGGCCCGGUUUCCUGGACCCAGGUGAAGCUUAGUCCACAAAGGAGAACCUCCCAAUGAAAGUGAUUUUUAAUGUAGGCUUCAUCUGGGUCCGGGAAAUCGGCCCAUAGUGUAUUAAUGUUGGGCAAAUGGAGAGAAAAGGAUGAUAUGAUCUAGUCUGUAGAUAUAUACCAAACAUUGGGAAUACCAUCCUAAUAUUGAGAACAGCCUCAUGGUGUCAAUUGUUCCACAGGGAUGCUGGCCCAUGAUGACUCCAUGUUUCCCACAGUUGUGUCAAGUUGGCUGGAUGUCCAUUGGGUGGGUCAUUCUUGAUAGACAUGAGAAACUGUUGAGCAUGAAAAACCCAGCAUCAUUGCAGCGCACCUGGCACCUGAUACCAUUCUCUGUUCAAAGUCACUUACACCUUGUGUCUUGCCCAUUCACCAUCUGAAUGGCACACACACAAUCCAUGUCUCACUUGUCACGAGGCUUAACAAUUCUUAUUUAACCUGUUUCCACCUCUUCAUCUACACUAAUUGAGGUGGAUUUAGCAAGUGACAUCAAUAAGGGAUCAUAGCUUUCACCUGGAUUCACCUGGUCAGCCUAUGUCAUAGAAAGAGCAGGUGUUCUUAAUGUUUUGUAUACACAUGCAACCUAGUUAUGGUCUAAGAAAGAUAAUAUAAAAUAGAGGUACAGUUGAGUGUGUUUGUGUUACACAUUCAUUAUGCAACGUUAAGCAAUCUGAUACAUCUGUUGCUAGAGAUUUUAAAAAAGGGACUGUUUUCCCAAGUACUUCAUUUCAUCUUCCAGUUCACCAGCUGCCACUGUGUUUCUAGUUCUUUUCAUUCAUGCAUUUAUUAUGUUUGCUUAACAUUGCAGAAUGAAUGUGUUACACAAUCUGAUACAUCCAAUCCUGUUGCUAGAGAUUUUUAAAAAGUGACUGUGUUUUUCCAAGUACUUAAUUUAAUCUCACAGUUCACCAGCUGCCACUGUGUUUCUGUUGUUUUUUUAAAUGUAUGCAUUUAUUGUGUGACAUUUUUUUUUUUAUGUGUAUAUAUCACAAACCCCAGAGGUGCCUUAUUGCUAUUAUAAACUGGUUAACAACAUAAUUAGAGAAGUAAAAAUAAAUCUUUUGUCAUACCCGUGGUAUACGGUCUAAUAUACCACGGCUGUCAGCCAAUCAGCAUUCUGGGCUUGAAUCACCCAGUUUAGAUUAGUCAAACUAAUCAGUAUACUGUAAGUAAUAACUUUGCAAGAAUAGGAAAUUAAAUGGAUAGUGUGACAUUUUGGCAACUAAGCCCCCUGUUCUACUUACCCAGAGUCAGAUGAACUCAUGGAUACCAUUUGUAUGAAGGAAGUUGAAGGUACUUUCUGGAACCAUUGCUAACUUGUGCUGUGACUGGAGGUGUACAGGAACGGCUAGCAUGCAUUUUCAUCAAUCUCUCAAAUUUGCUAUAUUUUCCUUUUCAAUACAUGGUUGUGUUUCUAUCUCCUUCCUUGGUAUAGGCCACGAUAUUAAAUAUACUAUGAUGUCGCACUUCUAAUCCUAUUGCACUGCAAUACUGUAGCCUACCCAUAGCCAACUGUCAUACAUAUGCUGUCAGGGUUACCAGUCUAUUUACUUUGGCACAUGCUUGGCUAUUGAAUUAGCAAUUGAUAAAUGGUAGCCUACUAUUUGUUGUGUGGCGGGAAUAACUUAAAGCAGUUAUGUCAGAAAAGGAAACACGUCCUGCAAUGUGAUAAUGAUAUAGGCCUAUAUAAUAAAAGUAAAAUAAACACAUUAGAUGACAUGCUGCUAUGCAAUCUCUUUACCAAUGGCAAAUGCAUCAGUUUUAUCAUUAGGCCUACGUUUUAAUUAGCCUACCAUCAUUAUAAAUCCCGUACAUCAAACACCUCCCAGUUUCCCCAAAUGAGCAAUAAACCUAUUUGUUGCAAUGCAGUUGAUCAACCAUCUAAAAGUUGUGUACACAAAUGGUUUGAGAUUUGUGUGGAGAUAGGCACUUUCCUGUCAUGUUCACAAUUGAUAAAUACCAAUCUUUGCAGGAAAACUAGCGCUUGCAAGGUUCAGAGUAUUUUUUGUGCAUAUGCCCCUGUAGCCUUUGUGUUCUAUUUUAGGGAAUAUUUAUUGUACAUUUUGAUUUUAGAAAAAAAAAAUGGUAGCUUCUUGUCAUGACCUUGACUGUAAUAUAGAUUCUAAUGCGUUACUGUUCACCCAUGUUGUAUACAUGUUCGCUUGUUGUCCUUAUACAGUAAAUAUUCUAGAAUUGUCAGUGAAGUUGAUGUUUUGAUAAAAUUGUGGAACAUGUUUGCCAGGUUUUGUAUGUUUGAAUAAAAUAUUUGUGCUAUUCUUGU